CGAGUACAUGAUCCACAUUACAACCAGGCGAGCCAGGGUAGUAUAGCCGUAUGUUAUAGUAUGACAUAGGGUUGUAGUUGUAGGAGCAAAUGAAAGGCCACUCCACUAUCUGACACUGAUCUUACAUUCUUACUCGGAACCCGGGCGAAGCAACCACGAACUUGCGCGAAGACGUUGAGAUCAACAACCCAUCCGGGAGGGAAGUGCGUCUCUAGGUGCGUCAGGCGGGGGUGCGCAGAGGUAUAAGCGAGCCGUCAACCGAUCUCGACGAAGAGAGGUUUUCACUUGCAACCACAGCAUCCUCUCAAACACAACAGUUCAACCCCCAGCUUCCAACACUUAAUUACUUAACCACCAAACGCCACACUCCAAUCAACAUGCACGCCUCAACCAUCUUCAUUGCUCUCGCAGCAUUCGCCGGCGCCGCUCUGGCCGAGAGCGGCAAAUGCCACGGCCAGCGUCUCUACUGUGGACGAAGCCUGCGGAACAUGGGCUGGACCAACGACGACAUCAUGGCGGGCGUCCACAAGGGCUCCCAGUGGUAUCCGAUCGACCUUGGCCCCAACACGAUCCCGGACACUCUGUUCGAGUGUGACGGCCGAAGCGGCGACGACGCCCUCUGGUACCGCAGCGCCUGUGCCGAUAAUGGAUGCCAUGAUGCCGGUGCUGGGCAUUCCGACUACUGCAACUGAUUGGCAUGCAAGCACUCUGGGAUUAUGAGUAGUGGGUGGUAGCACACUCGAGGGUGAAAGGCAGGAGGGGCAGCGAUGUGAGUGGUCAGGGGUAACAUUAGGGGAAGGAGUCGUUGGGUUGGUGUAGUGAAGAGAUUAGCAAUGCAAUCGGAGAAUGGUUCGGGGUUGUCUUGGUACCUACUGCGCAAGAACCGUGAAUGCAGAAUUCCCUAAAAGAUAUUGAGGCACAAUGGCCCGGGACUACGAA